UAUGACGGGCGUUACACCAUUUUGGAACUCGGGUGUACAGUAGUGUAGCUAGCUGGGUGUUAGCUUUCAGCAGCGCGUUAUUACGUUGUUUUUUCCCGCUUUGAUAUUAAAUUUGGGCACACGGAACUCUGUCCGGUGUUCGGGUCUGACUCGGACUCUUUCUUCGUCUGAGGAAUGGACGGAGAAGAGGAGGACUUCAUGUCCGGGAGCCACUCCGAUGACGGCGGCGGCACCCCCGUUCAGGAUGAGCACCCGGCGUCAGACGGAGAGGACGAGGCCAGGAGCGACCCGGGACAUCAGUCGGAGGACGAGGGCAGUAACGACGGCGAGGCCCCGCGCGCCACGGCAGCCAGCGGGGACGACAGCGACUCGGAGGACGAGGCCCCCCCUCGCCGCCGCUCCGCGAGCGACAAAAGCGAUUCGGAGGCGGAGGCCCCCCGGCGCGCCGACAGCGACGCGGAGUCCGGCUCCUCUCCGGUCAAACGCAGGAUGAGCGCCUCCGACGACGAAGACGGGUCGUCGCCCGUCAAACGGCGAGGGUCGGACGGCGAGGACGGGCCAGCGUCGCCCGCCGCCAAACGCACGGGGAGCGGCUCGGACAUGGAGGGGGAGGAGGGGGGAGAAGCCCAGAGCGGCCGUAGACAGCGACUCGGAGAACGAGGCCGCCAAGCCGGCGCCGGCGUCUCCCGGCCGCCGACUCAGACGGAGAGAAGGAGGCGGAGAAACGGCCGGAGGAGGCCGAGGGGGGGGAGGAGGAGGAGGAGGAGGAGGAGGAGGGGGAAGUGGAAGGCUGUGAUGCAGUCGGACAGCGAGGACGAGGAAGAGGAGGCCGGGAGGAGGAAGAAGGCUGCGGCGGGAAGCGAUGGAGAGCAACCGGAGGAGGAGGAGAGGAAGCAGAAGGACGACAGCGACGAUGAAGACGAGAAGCCAGUGAAGAGGAAGAAGGCCAUCCUGUCAGACAGCGAGGACGAGGAGAACGAGGACAAGCCAGCAGCCAAGAGGAGCCGGGCGGUGUCGGACGACGGGAACUCGGACAGCGACGGCGGCGGCGGCGGCUCGCUCGCCCCCGAUAAGAGCAUGGCAGCCAAACUGAGAGAGCUGGGCUCGGACAGCGGCAGCGAGGACGACGAGCGCGCCAAGGCCGCCGGCGGCCAGAAGGACGAGAAGGCGCUGUUCGGCAGCGACAGCGAAUCGGGCGAAGGCGAGGAGGAGGAGAAAAUGAUCGCCGACAUCUUUGGAGAGUCCGGAGACGAAGAGGAAGAGGAGUUCACGGGUUUCAACCAGGAGGAUCUAGAGGGGGACAAGAAGGAGGCGAAGGAGGAGCAGCAGGAGCAGUCGGACUCGGACGAAGGAGUCGACCGUAGCGGCCAAGACACCAGCUUCAUGUCCGACUUUGACAUCAUGCUCGCUAAGAGGAAAGCCAUGAACAGCAGGAAACGGCGGCACCGCGACGGAGGGACGUUCAUCAGCGACGCCGACGACGUGGUCAGCGCCAUGAUCAGCAAGAUGAACGAAGCCGCGGAGGAGGAUCGAACUCUCAACAGUCAGAAGAAACCAGCGCUGAAGAAGCUCACGCUGCUGCCACAGGUCGUCAUGCACCUGAAGAAACAGGAUCUGAAGGAGACGUUCAUCGACAGCGGCGUGAUGUCGGCCAUUAAAGAGUGGAUCAGUCCUCUUCCAGACAAAUCGCUGCCUGCGCUCAGGAUCCGAGAGGAGCUGCUCAGGAUCCUGCAGGAACUGCCCAGUGUGAGCCAGGAGACUCUGAAGCACAGUGGCAUCGGGCGCUCCGUCAUGUUCCUCUACAAACAUCCCAAAGAGUCUCGAUCCAACAAAGACCUCGCUCUCAAACUUAUCAAUGAGUGGUCGCGGCCGAUAUUCGGCUUGACGUCCAACUACAAGGGGAUGACGAGAGAGGAGCGCCAGCAGAGAGAUCUGGACCAGCAGAUGCCUCAGAAACAACGACUCAGUUCGGGUGGUCAGACGCCCCGGAGAGACCUGGAGAAACAGCUGACCGGGGAGGAAAAAGCUCUGCGACCCGGAGACCCCGGGUUCUGUGCCAGGGCCCGGGUGCCGAUGCCCUCCAACAAAGACUACGUCGUAAGACCCAAAUGGAACGUAGAGAUGGAGUCCAACAGGCACGGCCAGGUGAAGAAGGGAAUGUCCCGCGUUGAUAAACAGAUGCGUCGGAUCGCCGACAUCCGGCGCCUGACGAAGCCGGGACACGCUGUUAAAAUCAGCGUCGAGGGCAACCGGAUGCCCCUCUGAUUUUAACCUCCAUAGGAUUUAUUCACUUUAUUUUUUUUCCCCCUUAUUUUUAAUGUGUUGUUUUCCUGAACAAUCCCCCCUCUCCUCUCCUCCCCCAUCUUCAGGUCCAGCUCUGCCUUACUGAAGCCUGAGGUCAGAAUGUGAACAUCUGCUGUAAACUCAUCUGGUCUUUGGGCUAAACAACUCGAAAUCUUACUCCAAAAUGAUCCGCAGAAUAAAAGAGAACUGGCUGCAAACAUCCGUAGUAGUUGGGUUAAUUUGAUCUCAGAAUAUUAGCUCAUGCUGCAUUCAGGUACUGCCCUUAUGGUGCAGUUUUCCAGAGUUAGGACGUCCUUCUUCCAACUUGUUGGUGUUGAAGAUUAAGUCGUAAUGUGGGGAAAAAACAUGAAUUCUACAAAGAUGUGUUGUUUUAUUGCUCAGAGUUUAAGUUUAACUCUCGGGUCACAUUCGACCCAUUUUCAAAAAGUUUCUGUAUCAGAAAUCUGGGUUUUCUUUCAACCAAAUUGUCAAAAUAAAUAACGUGGAUGGUUCCAAACAACGGUCAAAACAAUCGGUUCACUAUUUUCAUUGAAUUUGAGUGUUUAAUUCAAUUUUAUAGCAUUUGAAGUAGAAUUGAUAAAGAACAUCGAGAAAAGUGACGAACGUUGAAACAAGUGAUAAAAAAAACACAGGAAAAGCGACAAAAGUGUCUUACCAUUUUAAUUUUUAAUUUUGACCCAGAAGAACAAAACGUUACAAGACAACACAAGGGUUAAACAAUAGCUAGUUUGAAGCUUUAGUGUUAGUUUCUCCCUAAAACCACUCACAUAUUGCUUCACUUGACUUAUUAAAUUAAUGCUAAUAAAUAACUUGUUUAACUAAUCUUGCUCACUCUACGUAUACCGCUAACUGUUACAACCGGUUACCAUUUUACAAAUUACACAUGAGCAAAAAAUGUAUGUGCAAUAAACAAAUAAGUAUCUUGCCAUGAACUAUGGCGCCAACUCAGCUAGCAAAAAAGACGCAAAGGGGAGAGCGACAUUUACAGGCUUUUGUCCUAGUUGUGAACUCAUUCUUCUAAUAAAUUUGACACCACGUGAAUGUAGCGUUUAUGUUAGCAGUGAGCUCCAUUUUGCAUCAUCUCCAAAACCAACUGGAUCCACAAAGCUCAUGGCUCAUGUUAGCGUUACAUUAGCUUUACCUCAAGUAAAGUAACGUUAGCGGUCAGUUUCAUCUCCAAGCCCAUAACAGUAGCUACUGUCACUGGAUCCACAAUGUUCGCUAAUGUUGGCACAAUGUUAGCUUUUACCUCCUAAGUUAAGUAACCAUAGAAGCUAAUGUUAGCAGUGAGUGGACCUGGAGGUACAACUAAUGCAGUUAAGGCUAAUGUUGGCUUUACAUCUAAGCCAACUAAGCUAGCUAAUGUUAGCAGUCAGCUACAUUAGCUAUAUCUCAAAACAAGCCAAAUCUUUCGCAUUACCUUAUAUUAUCAGUUAGCUAUGUUAGUCAUCCAAAACUGGCAAGAUCCAUAACAUUUAGCUUAUGUUAGCAGUCAUUAGCGCUAGCUCUAAAGCAAGCCUGGUCCAUAAUGUCAGUUAAUGUUAGCUCUACACUAAUUUUAGCAGUCAGUUACAUGUUCAGCAUUAUGGACUUAAAGAUGAAGCUAAGUUCAUAACUUUUGUGAUUAGUAAUUGUCUAUAAACCAAUUAUGUAGCUUAUGUUCGCUACAUUAGAUUUAGCUCCAAACAAACUGGAUCCCUAAUGAUGACUUGCAGAAAGUUAACGCAGUUCGUAAUAUUAGUAGUUAGCUUAACGUCCAGGACAACGAAGAUGGCUAAUGUUAGCAGUCCGCUGUGUUAGCUAGGUCUCAAAACAAGUAAAAUAUACAACAUGAGCUUAAAUUAUCAGUUAGCUACAUUUUCUAAGUUUGACAUUAUGUUAGAGUUAGCACUUUUUUUUAGCUUAACCUACUGGUAGCCAGUUCUAGUUAGAGAUCAGCUACAUUAGCUUUAUCUCUUAAAGUGUAAGUGUGUGUGUGUUGCAUCAGAGAGAAAUCUAACAUGGCUGAUCAAAGAAUCAUUUUGGUGACAUUUUGAGUUUUUUGUCCAAAGUACCAUCAUGUAUUUUUAUUUUUUUCUUCAAAGCUUUUUAAUAUUGGAUUUGAGAAUAAAAUCUUCCCUCAGGCUCUUUUUUUGUUCUCCUGAAUAUGAAGGUGUUUGUCUUUUGCUAAUCCACUGACCUCCUCUUCUUCCUCCUCAGUCCCAUUUUUGUCCCGUCUCUGUUCCCGUAGCGGCUGUACAGAAGUGUGUAAACUGUCGGCAGGAUGGCGUUCACACAGGUAACGCGCGGUGACCCCGAUCAGAUGUCGGUGUCGGGGGUGUUGACUGUGUGAACCGGCCUUCUUUCUGCACUGUGUUCUGGAUCAGGUUUACUUUUUUUAAUAAAGACUCGACAGAAACUCA